AUGUCUGGACAUUUAACACAAGGCAUAAGGGACAUUUCCUUUUAUUCUUUUUAAGGUGAAUUAGUGCAGCUGGGUGCUUCAUUCUGGAGUGACAGGACCUGUGCACAGAAGUGCACAUGUACCUCAACAGGCCUGCAGUGCCGCAAUGAGCCGUGCUCCUUUUCACAGAUCUGCAAGCCAGCUUCCUUCCAGUUCUCCUGUCAGACAGUGCCAAGAGGAACCUGCACCAUAAGCGGUGAUCCCCAUUACUACACCUUUGAUAACACAGUGUUUCACUUUCAAGGCACUUGCACGUAUGUUCUCUCUGAGCAAUGUAAUAGUGGACGGCCCUACUACAGAGUAGAAGGCAAAAAUGAGCACAGAGGCAGUACUCGAGUCUCUUGGACACGACUGGUGAAAGUGCAUGUCUACAAUGACACAAUUGAGCUUGUCAAAGGACGCCAUGGUCAGGCAAAGGUUAACGGGAACUUUGCAUCCACUCCAUUCUUCCUUAGCAAUGGCACCGUGCAGGUUUAUGAGUCAGGUUUUUCUGUCUUUGUCAGCACUGACUUUGGUUUAGUGGUGUCUUAUGACACAAAUCAUUAUGUUCAGAUCAGCUUGCCCUACACUUACCAGAAUGGUACAUGCGGUCUUUGUGGAAACUUCAAUGGCAUUAGUAGAGAUGACUUUCAAACUCGUGACGGUGAGGUUGUGAGCUCUGAUGUGGUUUUUGCUAACAGCUGGCAAGCAUCUGGGGAUGAUGAGCCUGGCUGUGGGCCACAGUGCGGAGGUCUGGACUGUGCUGUUUGCACUGUAGCUCAGAAAGCACUGUACAGCAACACUGACCACUGUGGUAUCCUCAGCAGUAGUUCUGGACCUUUCACGGCUUGCCAUCAGCAACUUCCUCCACAGUCCUUUGUGGACAGUUGUGUGUAUGAUCUGUGUGUAGGAGGAGGGUACCAACCUAUUCUCUGUCAAGCCUUAACUGUGUACGCAAGUCAAUGUCAACAAAAUGGUAUUCAGCUACCAAGUUGGAGGAGACCUGGCUUUUGUGAAAUCCCAUGUCCAGCCAACAGCCACUUUGAGUCUGAAGGCACAGGAUGUCCACCUACCUGUGUUAAUCCCAACUCUACCCAUAACUGCCCUCUACCUCCCCAGGAAAGCUGCAUCUGUGAUUCAGGCUACAUCCUCAGUGGUGGGGUCUGCGUCCCUCAUGCUGAGUGUGGCUGCAGGUUUGAGGGCCGUUACUACCGCUCUGGACAAACUGUAAUACUAGACGAAGACUGUGGGAGACGUUGUAGCUGCAGUUAUGGCUCCAUGACUUGCCGCUCGCAUGGUUGUGGCCCACUUGAAUCAUGCAGGGUGGAGGAUGGAGAAAGAGGAUGCAGACCAAAUAGCUAUGCAACAUGCUGGAUCAGAGGCCCAGGGUCAUAUCAGACAUUUGAUGGACUGACAUACCAAUAUCCUGGGGCGUGUCGAUUGACACUUGCCAAAGUUAUGGGACUGUCCAGUCACCCACACUUCAUGGUGACAGGAGAAAAAUUGCCAAGAGGCCAGCAAGGUUUUGCACGAAUUCUGCAUUUUGAAGCAGAGGGGAUACACGUAUCUAUUGAGAUGGCAAGGAACAGUAAAGUGAAGGUUAAUGGUCAGCUGAUCAGGCUGCCAUUCAGCACUCCAUCCAACCGCAUCCAAAUCUUCCACAGCAGCAUUUACAGUGUUAUCAUUCGCACCUCCUUUGGUGUAACUGUGCAGACAGUCUGGCCUCACUUUGUCCGUGUCACUGCUCCUGGUGUCUACAAUGGUUCCCUGGGUGGACUCUGUGGUAACUACAAUGGUCAUCCACAUGAUGACUUCAAUACACCCAAUGGUGUCCUGGUCAACAGUUCUCAGGACUUUGGAGACAGUUGGCGAGAUGGCUCUCUGGCUGCUCACUGUGUGGAAAGCAUGAACCAAAAUUCUACAGCUAAUUACAAUUCUAGUGAGUACUGUGGCAUUCUCAGCUCACCAGAUGGGCCAUUUGUACCCUGUUGGUCUGUGGUUGACCCAAGGCAGCAGGUGGAUGUAUGUGUGGAGAUCAUGAGGGGCUCUAACAAUCCAGCAUCAACUCUGUGUGGCGUCCUACGAGAUUAUGCACUAAUGUGUCAACAGAAGGGUGUUGCCUUAGGACAAUGGAGAAAUGCAACUGGCUGUGCACUAACCUGCCCGUCAAACAGCCAUUAUGAACUCUGUGGAACCUCUUGUCCUUCUGCUUGCCCCAGCCUCUCUUUCCCCUUCACCUGUGAUACUGUGUGCCAGGAGGGCUGUCAGUGUAACAGUGGUUUUAUCCUCAAUGGUGACCAGUGCGUUCCACCAACAUCUUGUGGAUGCUAUCAUCAAGGACGCUAUCACCAAGGUGGUGAGCAGUUCUGGGAUGGUGAAGAAUGUCAGAGCUUGUGUACCUGUAAUGGAAAUACAGGGAACGUCCACUGUACUCCCACCUCCUGUGGGCCCCAGGAGUCCUGCCGUGUGGUGGAGGGUGAGUUUGGCUGCCAUCCCAACCCUCAUGGCACCUGCUCUGCCUCUGGAGACCCUCACUACAUCACCUUUGAUCGCAAGGCCUAUGACUUCCAAGGAACCUGUCGCUAUGUUCUGGUGACCCUCUGUAAUGCCACUGAUGAGCUCAAUCAGUUUUCCGUGGAAGCUAAGAAUGAGGCAUUGAAUGGGCGUCCACUUUCAAUAGUAGCUGAAGUUUUUGUGAAUGUCUGGGGCUACGACGUGCAUAUGUCAAGGGACAGAAGAGGUUUGGUACAAGUGAAUGGAGUAACUAGAAAUUUACCUAUUAUCUUGAAUGAAGGUAAUGUGUCUAUCUAUGCAACAGGAUCUCGUAUACUUGUCAGCACUAAUUUUGGCUUGAGUGUUACCUAUAAUGGAUAUAGUGCAGUGUUUAUCUCCGUACCACCAAAUUACAGAGAAAAAAUAUGCGGACUUUGUGGAAAUUUCAAUGGAAAUCCAAAUGAUGACUUUCACACACCAUCUGGAACGAUAGUCACAUCUCCAGAUGAGUUUGGGAGAGCCUGGAAGGUGCCAGGCAACUACACGUGCAAUGACGGCUGUGGCUCCUCCUGUCCACAGUGUACCAAUGAACAGCCUGCUAGAGAUCAGUGUGAGGUGAUACAGGCAUCUGAUGGGCCCUUCAGUUUCUGCCACGAGGAGGUGGACCCGGCACCAUAUUUCAGCGACUGCGUGUUUGAUGUAUGUUUGUCAGGAAAUCAAGGCCACGAUCUCUUGUGCAGUGCCACUGAAUCAUAUGUCAGUGCCUGUCAGUCUGCUAAUGUUCGUAUCUAUCCCUGGAGAGAGAACACCACCUGCACACUGGACUGUCCCACCAACAGCCAUUAUGAGCUGUGCGGUACUGACUGUGGCCACACCUGUGCCAGUAGCAUUGAUGAAACCUGUGAGCAGUUCUGCUCUGAGGGAUGUUUCUGUGAUGAAGGCUUCAUCAAGAGUGGGACCAGGUGUGUCCCAGUGGAAAGCUGUGGCUGCCAAUAUGAUGGAUUCUACUAUGAUGCUGGCGAGUCCUUCUGGACAGACGGUUGCUCCCAGAGAUGUGAAUGUCACGCUCCAAAUGACCUGCGAUGUUCUGCCUCGUCUUGCACUCCUGAACAGCAGUGCUCCAUCAGAGACGGCCAGCUGGGCUGUUACGAUGCUAUAGGAACCUGCACCAUAAGCGGUGAUCCCCAUUACUACACCUUUGAUAACACAGUGUUUCACUUUCAAGGCACUUGCACGUAUGUUCUCUCUGAGCAAUGUAAUAGUGGACGGCCCUACUACAGAGUAGAAGGCAAAAAUGAGCACAGAGGCAGUACUCGAGUCUCUUGGACACGACUGGUGAAAGUGCAUGUCUACAAUGACACAAUUGAGCUUGUCAAAGGACGCCGUGGUCAGGCAAAGGUUAACGGGAACUUUGCAUCCACUCCAUUCUUCCUUAGCAAUGGCACCGUGCAGGUUUAUGAGUCAGGUUUUUCUGUCUUUGUCAGCACUGACUUUGGUUUAGUGGUGUCUUAUGACACAAAUCAUUAUGUUCAGAUCAGCUUGCCCUACACUUACCAGAAUGGUACAUGCGGUCUUUGUGGAAACUUCAAUGGCAUUAGUAGAGAUGACUUUCAAACUCGUGACGGUGAGGUUGUGAGCUCUGAUGUGGUUUUUGCUAACAGCUGGCAAGCAUCUGGGGAUGAUGAGCCUGGCUGUGGGCCACAGUGCGGAGGUCUGGACUGUGCUGUUUGCACUGUAGCUCAGAAAGCACUGUACAGCAACACUGACCACUGUGGUAUCCUCAGCAGUAGUUCUGGACCUUUCACGGCUUGCCAUCAGCAACUUCCUCCACAGUCCUUUGUGGACAGUUGUGUGUAUGAUCUGUGUGUAGGAGGAGGGUACCAACCUAUUCUCUGUCAAGCCUUAACUGUGUACGCAAGUCAAUGUCAACAAAAUGGUGUUCAGCUACCAAGUUGGAGGAGACCUGGCUUUUGUGAAAUCCCAUGUCCAGCCAACAGCCACUUUGAGUCUGAAGGCACAGGAUGUCCACCUACCUGUGUUAAUCCCAACUCUACCCAUAACUGCCCUCUACCUCCCCAGGAAAGCUGCAUCUGUGAUUCAGGCUACAUCCUCAGUGGUGGGGUCUGCGUCCCUCAUGCUGAGUGUGGCUGCAGGUUUGAGGGCCGUUACUACCGCUCUGGACAAACUGUAAUACUAGACGAAGACUGUGGGAGACGUUGUAGCUGCAGUUAUGACUCCAUGACUUGCCGCUCGCAUGGUUGUGGCCCACUUGAAUCAUGCAGGGUGGAGGAUGGAGAAAGAGGAUGCAGACCAAAUAGCUAUGCAACAUGCUGGAUCAGAGGCCCAGGGUCAUAUCAGACAUUUGAUGGACUGACAUACCAAUAUCCUGGGGCGUGUCGAUUGACACUUGCCAAAGUUAUGGGACUGUCCAGUCACCCACACUUCAUGGUGACAGGAGAAAAAUUGCCAAGAGGCCAGCAAGGUUUUGCACGAAUUCUGCAUUUUGAAGCAGAGGGGAUACACGUAUCUAUUGAGAUGGCAAGGAACAGUAAAGUGAAGGUUAAUGGUCAGCUGAUCAGGCUGCCAUUCAGCACUCCAUCCAACCGCAUCCAAAUCUUCCACAGCAGCAUUUACAGUGUUAUCAUUCGCACCUCCUUUGGUGUAACUGUGCAGACAGUCUGGCCUCACUUUGUCCGUGUCACUGCUCCUGGUGUCUACAAUGGUUCCCUGGGUGGACUCUGUGGUAACUACAAUGGUCAUCCACAUGAUGACUUCAAUACACCCAAUGGUGUCCUGGUCAACAGUUCUCAGGACUUUGGAGACAGUUGGCGAGAUGGCUCUCUGGCUGCUCACUGCGUGGAAAGCAUGAACCAAAAUUCUACAGCUAAUUACAAUUCUACACUAACCUGCCCGUCAAACAGCCAUUAUGAACUCUGUGGAACCUCUUGUCCUUCUGCUUGCCCCAGCCUCUCUUUCCCCUUCACCUGUGAUACUGUGUGCCAGGAGGGCUGUCAGUGUAACAGUGGUUUUAUCCUCAAUGGUGACCAGUGCGUUCCACCAACAUCUUGUGGAUGCUAUCAUCAAGGACGCUAUCACCAAGGUGGUGAGCAGUUCUGGGAUGGUGAAGAAUGUCAGAGCUUGUGUACCUGUAAUGGAAAUACAGGGAACGUCCACUGUACUCCCACCUCCUGUGGGCCCCAGGAGUCCUGCCGUGUGGUGGAGGGUGAGUUUGGCUGCCAUCCCAACCCUCAUGGCACCUGCUCUGCCUCUGGAGACCCUCACUACAUCACCUUUGAUCGCAAGGCCUAUGACUUCCAAGGAACCUGUCGCUAUGUUCUGGUGACCCUCUGUAAUGCCACUGAUGAGCUCAAUCAGUUUUCCGUGGAAGCUAAGAAUGAGGCAUUGAAUGGGCGUCCACUUUCAAUAGUAGCUGAAGUUUUUGUGAAUGUGUGGGGCUACGACGUGCAUAUGUCAAGGGACAGAAGAGGUUUGGUACAAGUGAAUGGAGUAACUAGAAAUUUACCUAUUAUCUUGAAUGAAGGUAAUGUGUCUAUCUAUGCAACAGGAUCUCGUAUACUUGUCAGCACUAAUUUUGGCUUGAGUGUUACCUAUAAUGGAUAUAGUGCAGUGUUUAUCUCCGUACCACCAAAUUACAGAGAAAAAAUAUGCGGACUUUGUGGAAAUUUCAAUGGAAAUCCAAAUGAUGACUUUCACACACCAUCUGGAACGAUAGUCACAUCUCCAGAUGAGUUUGGGAGAGCCUGGAAGGUGCCAGGCAACUACACGUGCAAUGACGGCUGUGGCUCCUCCUGUCCACAGUGUACCAAUGAACAGCCUGCUAGAGAUCAGUGUGAGGUGAUACAGGCAUCUGAUGGGCCCUUCAGUUUCUGCCACGAGGAGGUGGACCCGGCACCAUAUUUCAACGACUGCGUGUUUGAUGUAUGUUUCCAUUAUGAGCUGUGCGGUACUGACUGUGGCCACACCUGUGCCAGUAGCAUUGAUGAAACCUGUGAGCAGUUCUGCUCUGAGGGAUGUUUCUGUGAUGAAGGCUUCAUCAAGAGUGGGACCAGGUGUGUUCCAGUGGAAAGCUGUGGCUGCCAAUAUGAUGGAUUCUACUAUGAUGCUGGCGAGUCCUUCUGGACAGACGGUUGCUCCCAGAGAUGUGAAUGUCACGCUCCAAAUGACCUGCGAUGUUCUGCCUCGUCUUGCACUCCUGAACAGCAGUGCUCCAUCAGAGACGGCCAGCUGGGCUGUUACGAUGCUAUAGGAACCUGCACCAUAAGCGGUGAUCCCCAUUACUACACCUUUGAUAACACAGUGUUUCACUUUCAAGGCACUUGCACGUAUGUUCUCUCUGAGCAAUGUAAUAGUGGACGGCCCUACUACAGAGUAGAAGGCAAAAAUGAGCACAGAGGCAGUACUCGAGUCUCUUGGACACGACUGGUGAAAGUGCAUGUCUACAAUGACACAAUUGAGCUUGUCAAAGGACGCCAUGGUCAGGCAAAGGUUAACGGGAACUUUGCAUCCACUCCAUUCUUCCUUAGCAAUGGCACCGUGCAGGUUUAUGAGUCAGGUUUUUCUGUCUUUGUCAGCACUGACUUUGGUUUAGUGGUGUCUUAUGACACAAAUCAUUAUGUUCAGAUCAGCUUGCCCUACACUUACCAGAAUGGUACAUGCGGUCUUUGUGGAAACUUCAAUGGCAUUAGUAGAGAUGACUUUCAAACUCGUGACGGUGAGGUUGUGAGCUCUGAUGUGGUUUUUGCUAACAGCUGGCAAGCAUCUGGGGAUGAUGAGCCUGGCUGUGGGCCACAGUGCGGAGGUCUGGACUGUGCUGUUUGCACUGUAGCUCAGAAAGCACUGUACAGCAACACUGACCACUGUGGUAUCCUCAGCAGUAGUUCUGGACCUUUCACGGCUUGCCAUCAGCAACUUCCUCCACAGUCCUUUGUGGACAGUUGUGUGUAUGAUCUGUGUGUAGGAGGAGGGAAAGCUGCAUCUGUGAUUCAGGCUACAUCCUCAGUGGUGGGGUCUGCGUCCCUCAUGCUGAGUGUGGCUGCAGGUUUGAGGGCCGUUACUACCGCUCUGGACAAACUGUAA